GGAUCAUGGCGUCACUUCCGUAAAUUGUACAACAAACGCAAAUGCUAUUCUGUGCUUUCAGUUUUAAUUCAGAGUAAAUUUACGUUAUAUUUAGGUUUAACGGAUCCCACGCGCCUACUGACGGGUUGCAUCGCCAGAUCGGGACUCAUGGAGCCCUCCAGUAAACCUGGCUCCAACCAGGUGGCUGAUGUGGUUUUUGUCAUUGAAGGAACAGCGAACCUUGGACCAUACUUUGAAUCUCUGAGGAAAAACUAUAUACUACCAGCUAUUGAAUAUUUCAAUGGAGGGCCCCCUGCAGAAACAGAUUUUGGUGGAGAUUAUGGAGGAACACAGUACGGUCUUGUGGUGUUCAACACGGUGGACUGUGCUCCUGAGUCAUACGUCCAGUGUCACGCACCAACAAGCUCUGCCUUCGAGUUUGUUUCAUGGAUCGACAGCAUCCAGUUUAUGGGAGGUGGAGCUGAAAGCUGCAGCCUGAUUGCAGAGGGACUUUCUGUGGCGUUGCAGCUUUUUGAUGACUUUAAAAAGAUGAGAGAGCAAAUAGGUCAAACACACAAAGUGUGUGUGCUGCUGUGUAAUUCUCCUCCAUACCUGCUCCCUGCUGUGGAGAGCGUCAGUUACACCGGCUGCACAGCAGACAACCUGGUCAAAAUCAUCCGAGAUAGAGGAAUUCACUUUUCUGUGGUGGCUCCUCGGAAGCUGCCUGCUCUGAGGUCUUUGUUUGAACGGGCGUCUCCAGUAGGAGGGGCAGUCGAGCCUGUUCCUGACUAUAGUCAGGAUCCCUUCCACAUGGUUCUCGUCAGAGGCAUCUCGCUUCCCGUUUCCUCAGGUGGAGGACCGGGGCCGUUCAAACCUGUCCUCCCUCCUCAGCCGCUGCCGAACAGCCAGCCUGUUGUUGGAGCUUUGCCGGUCGCUCCACCCAUCAACCCAACCCACCAUUAUCCGAAUUCGAACCCCCUGAAUGCUGCUCAGAUAGCUGCACAGAUUGCCGUAACUAUGGCCAACAACCAGAAGAAUCACUUCACAGGAAUGGGCAGUCAGGGUUCUCAGUUCAACAGUCAGCCGACCAUCCCACCAGUUCCUGGAAUGAAGCUCAGUCAACCCAUCAUGUCAACAGUUACCACACCAAGCCAGUCAAUAAUGCCGCAAGUUCCUCCCAAUCAGCCACAGCCAGUCCCACCCACCGGACAGCCGGCACCCAGUCAGCAACCACAAGCACCACAACAGUCCACAGCAAAUCCACCCACGGCACCGUCAGCACAGCCCAACAUGCCUGUUGUUGCCGGAGGCCAAGGUAGCACCACUUCAAUCGUACAACCUCAAGGCGUUGCAAAUAAGAUCGUGGCAUGGACUGGUAUUCUGGAGUGGCAAGAGAAGCCCAAAACCUCGUCUAUGGAUUCAGCUACCAAACUGACACGUUCUCUGCCGUGCCAGGUCCAUGUGAACCAAGGAGAAAAUCUCAACACAGACCAGUGGCCACCGAAGCUCGUCAUGCAGCUGAUUCCACAACAGUUACUGACAACCUUAGGUCACCUCUUCAGAAACUCUCGGAUGGUUCAGUUUAUCUUCAACAACAAAGACCUGGAGUCACUAAGAGGCUUGUACCGCAUCAUGGCCAAUGGCUUUGCGGGCUGCGUCCACUUCUCCUACAAUGGCUCGCCAUGUGAAGUGCGGGUGCUGAUGCUGCUCUACUCUUCCAAGAAAAAAAUAUUCAUGGGCCUCAUCCCCAACGACCAGAGCGGCUUCGUCAAUGGCAUCCGGCAAGUCAUCACCAACCACAAGCAGGUCCAGCAGCACAGAGCGCAGCAGUUAUCCAAUGCAGGAGGUCCAAUGCAGCCUGGUCAAGUUCCCCCCAAUCAGAACUUUCUCAACAGGCCCCCGGGUCCUAUUCCUGUUUCCCACAGUAACGUCCAGCCGCAGUCUGUGGUGGUGGGUAUGCCCCCUGUUAGUCAGGUCUCUAUUAUGGAGGAGCAGCAGAGGCAGAACAACAUGAUGACAAUGAGAGCAACCGGCCCAACCAACCAGCAGCCACCAGUCAGCGGAGCUCCACCCAACCAGGUUGCACAGAGCGGGCAAGCCCAGCCUCAGGGUCCUAUACUGCGUCUCUCAAACCCAGGAGCCAAUCCACAGCUUCGCAGCCUUCUUCUCAGCCAGCAGCAGCCACAGCAAAGUGGGGUGUCUCACAUGCAAGGCAUGAUGUCUCACCAAGGCCUAGGACAGCAGUUGGUCCACCCUGCGCCAGGAGGGGGGGCUCAAAUGCAAGGCCAGUGGAGGCAACCUCUGGCAGGUCAGAUGCUGAUGUCUGGAGGUCAGAGAGGAGUCGUACCCCAACAGGGCAUGCCCCAAGUCUCCAGCAUCAUGGAGGAUGAAGUCCUCAUGGACCUUAUCUAAUCAGGCGCUGCGGGCUUAGAGUUUUUUUUUUAGUUGAAUUUCAGCAGCCCUGCCAGUUUGGACCCAUAAAUCUGUUCCUUUCCUGCUACAAAUGUUCAACAUAAUUAAGAAAUGAAUCCUAAGUAGUUUCUUCUUCUGUGUGUUUUUUUUUUUUUUUUUUUUUUUUUUUUUUUAUGGGACUGAGCAGCUGGAGUUAAUUAGGGGCAGACAAUGCCAGCAUUAGUUUUUCACAUAAAUGCUCAAACCGUGGGCAAGCUAAUCCCUCAUGCUCCACACUGGAUUGAUCCUGUGGAAAGAGUCAAUUAUAAUUCUCAUCUUCUGGUCUAUAAGUUUUGUAUAUUGUCAUUGCAAUCUGAAGACGUGUAUUUUUUUUUUCCUUUUAAUUAAGAUUUACCUUUUUCUAUCUUUUUUUCAAGUUGUUUUAUUGGAAUGAAAUAAAAUCAUUAUGGGAAUGAAAUAAUAUCAAGGAGCAUAGAUAAAUGAAACGUUAUGUAGUGCUUGUGUUGGCCAGCUGAAGUCUUCCCAGCCUGCACCCUCUGUGUUCCUGCAGCUUGGACCUUUUAAGGGGGAAAAAGAGAGAGCGAGA